CCUCAUCCAUGUCCAUUAAACCAGCAUCAACUCCUUCAGGAAACAUCUCAUCUUGAACAGGAACUCCUGUGGGUUUCAUUUUUCACUGAAUUAUAUUAUUUGAAAUACACAAACAACUUCUACCUGUAAAAUAAUUAAGAUUUAUUACACUACUUAUCAUCCCCGAGAAUCACCGAGGACAUUUCACGACGAAUCCCGAAAUCUCCUAUUAACACAGACGAGGUUGCAGCAACGAAAUUGGCUCUUGUAGUUGUAUGUGCAGAUUUUUUCUCUAUAAGAUAUAAAAAUACAUGUUAUAUAUCUUAUAUGUUAUAGAGCAAUUAUUAUUUCAUUAACGGAGACUUGAAAUACUUGUGUUCAUCUGAUAUUUUGUUGUAAAAUUGACAGUUUGAAGAGCUACUUUUGAACGAUGACUUUUUAUCAGUUGAAAUGAUUUUACGAAGACUCUUUUCCAUCAUUUACUUUAUUCACUGAUUGGCUUCGUAUUUUGUCCAACCUAGACCUCUGAGGAACGAAACAGCAUGUGUUUAUAGAUAUAUUUAAUAUAAAGAGAAAUGACUGUGUAUAACAUAUAUAUAUUCAACCGUGAAGGUACUUGUCUGUAUUAUUAUGAAUGGAAUAGAAGGACUGACUGUAAUAUGCCAAAAUAUGAGGUAAAUAUGCUAUAAAACCUAUAUAUGAACGUGGUUUAGUGUGAGCAAUGCCAGCCCCUAUUUCCCUACCUGUCCAAUUGCAUCUAACCAUGUCCAUAUUCAUUAAAUUCAUGUUUUUAUCUAUUAAAACCCAACCAGCCCGCCUUGAAAACUUCAUGUGUUCCAAGAUUAGAAAUAUUCAUGUUGCCAGGCCUAGAAAAUAUAUUUCUCUUCCUGGCAAAGACAAAUACAAAACCUGCAUAUAUAGAUUCCAGAGAACAUUUGGUGCCGCACAUUCUGAUAAACCUCACUCUCGGCGCAAGACAAUCUCGACUUGCAAAACGCUUUUGUAAACAAUAAGUAAAUUAUAUGGCAUUCCAGUAUAUAAGAUGAUAACUAAAGAAUUCCCUGUAAAAUGUAAGAAAAUUUCCUGGCAGCGGUGCUACUAGCAUUGCCGGACAUUUUCCAGUUGUGCAUGUUGCCAGGAUUUAAUUAAUGAAAAUUCUGCAAAGUUCGACUCCGCACGUACCUAUAGGUGGGUAAACAUUGUUUUCUGAUUUUGUGGCUGAAAUGUGCAUGUGUUUGCCUGCCAAUAUAUGCAUACAUGUACAUAUGCUUUUUUGAUUGUUUUAGAAUGCUUGAGUUGUGCUUUUAUGUCUCAAGACUAUACAAAAUUACAUACUGGCAAGCACAUUUACAUAAAAUUUGUAAAUAAACUUUACCCAUCUAUUAUAUACCCACCCAAAACAUCAAUUUGAUGUUUUGCAUAUGUGUGGCUACAUGAACAUGGAUGUGGCCCCUAACUCAAUGCAAUCAAUGUUAUGAUUGGAAUAUUAGAUUACUGUGAUGUGUGCAAAUGAGGCCUUACUUAUUAUUUUGUUAAAACAUCAAAUUUAGGUGAGCAUAGAGAAUGGUAUGAUCUACCAUCAGGGUGCAUCCUGUGUAAGGUGUAUGCCGAACAUGCACCAAAGGGUGCACUUGUGCCCACUGCACCCAUGGUUAUGAUGGUUCCAACAUCCCUGAUCACUUUGUUAUGCCAACUGAAGUGAUGUCCUAGCUCAUGCUGGAGAUUCUGUGAUUGUUCAUCAAAAGGUGAAAGCAAUAGUACACGGUAUUUUAUCAUUUAACACUUGACUCAUUCCUUUUAGGAAUUCAAAUUGCUACAUGGCAUGCUGUUUUCUAUCAAGUCAUUUGUUACUAGAUUGUCUCCAAUUGAUGGGUAUGAUGAAUCAAUUAUGUUAAUAUUAUUUAUAUGGGUUAUCUCCUCUGUACCGUACUUGCCUGGUUUAUUGACAUCUGUAAAUUUAUAUACAGUAUUAUACAACAUACCAUGAAUAAGUUUAUGACUGACAAGAAUAUGACUUGCAAACAAACCCUGUGCAGUAUGACUGACAUAUGUUUAUUAAUAAUUAUUUUCUUAAUUGUCAAACUGAAAGUUGUAUUCAGGGGACUGGGUUUGAGAUCUUACAAUAAAUUUCUAUCCUUGCCAGAGUAUUUUUAACAACAAGGUUUUCGACUGUAGAUGUGUACCCCUCUUGUAUAAUACCCCCAGUACAAUAAGCCCCUGAAUGAGGCAUAAUUACAUGCAGUUUAUUACACUAGUACGUCAGCAGAUUUUAAAGGAGUUUGUUUCAUCAGUUUCAUAAAAUUUACAUUGUAAAUGUGAAUUAGUGAAAAUAAUUUUGAUGAUUGAUUGGAAUUUGCUUUUUCUUUUUAUUUUUAUUUAGGAAGAAUUCAUUUAUAAGUUAUCGUACAAAUAAAUACAAGUUACAUUUUUAUGAAACACCAACUGGUCUGAAGUUUGUUAUGAAUACAGAUCUUGCAGUUGAAAAUAUUCAAGACACGCUUCAUGAUAUUUACAACAAGGUGGUCUUAUUUUUACAUAAAACUGGUGUUUUGUGCCAAUUGGAAAACUAAUGCGACUAGUGUACAAUACAAUUAAUAGACGAACAUUUUUCCUGUAAUUUCACAACUUUGGUUUUAUACAUAUCAUGACUAAGUUGUAGUACCAUUGUAAUGGAUGAGUUCAACAAGGUUUCAUGUUUGAAGUUUUCAAUUGAAAUUUCAUGUCACAUAUCACUUCAGGUUCCCACACCACCAUUUCAUUGCUCUGAAUUUACAGUAUAUCCUUUUUUAGCACCUCUCCCCCAAGCUGUUGAUAUGGUUUGCUUGAGACCUCGUCAGACCAUACUGCAAUAGCAGAGAAAUACAGCACAGUAAAUUAAGUAAUCAGAGAAGAAAGUCGAAACUAACAAUAUUUUCCUUUACGUGCAAUUGAACUUUUACCAAACAUAAUGGAGAAAAUAUACUGUAAUGUAAUAUUUUUAAUAUGUUAAUUUAUUUUUUUGUUUAAUUGUGUUAUUUAGAUAUAUGUGGAAUACAUUGUGAAGAAUCCUCUAUGCAAGCUAAACGAACCAAUUCAGAGUUCACUGUUUAGAACUAAAUUAGAUGAACAUGUAAAGUCUUUGCCAUUUUACUAAAUCUCUCCUCAGAUGCAAUAAUUUGAACUGAAUGCCACAUGUGCAUGAAUGAUGCGAAUGUAUCUGUAUCAUGAUUUUACAAGGGACAUGUGAUAUAUUUUAGGCUAAUUUUUGCUACAGGGAAAGAAAGCAUAUUUGGUAAUUGGUCUCAUGUGUAUAUAACUGUAAAUGCAGGCCAUCAAGGGUAAAAGCUAUAUCUGGUAAAAUACGGCAUUACAAGCCAUAAAAUUUUGAGUAAUGUCACAGCUGAUCCCAAAUGAACAUACAUGUAAGCUUAUAGUUUCCUAACAGUAUUUUCAGACAUUUCCAACAAUGUUGCAUUUAACAAUGUAGGUGAUGAUGUUAGGCCAAGAUGUUGGACUGGUUUAAAUGGACUUUUGUGUCUGCAGGAAAAUACCAUCACCAUUGUCAUUACCGAUACAGAUCAAAUACUUUCAUGUGGACAGUUUUUCUUGUGUUUACUGCACUAAGACGGGUGGGUGGUCCAUCUCUAGUUUCCAUGUGUCGUAAUUAAAUAUUGGCCGUAUCCGGGGGCAGCCAACAUACUAUACUAUUUGUUAUUGUCCUAUUGGCGGACAGCUACUUUGAUUGACAGAUAGAUUGGCGCAAUAUUAAUAUUGGCAACGCCUAUAAAACGCCUAUUCUUAAUUACUCGCUAUUUUUACCUCGCAUUGUGAUUGGCUUUCGCUUAAAAUAAACAACUGUGGGCGUAAUACAAAAUAGUGUAGUAUGUUGACGGGCCGUAUUUCUAGCCACUCCGUAUAAGCUCUGCCCCCAAAUACGGCCAAAGCCCGCUGGCUAAAUUAAAUCCGGUUAUUCACUUACUCUACAAUAUUGUAUAAUUCUAUAGAGGGGUCUCUUCACGAAAUCACGAAGAUCAUUUUUAGAUUUCACGAGUCACGAAAAACAAAAUUUCAUUUUCACGAUUUUUAGAAACACAGAAGCGUAUAAACAAAGUCUGAAACUAUUUAACGAUUUUCUAGACAGCAGAAAUCGAUGUUAACACAAACACAUUUUACUGACUUUAACAUUAGAGGUUUUAAAGGACUAUCAACCAUUGCAAGGCAUUACGAAACAUUACGAGCGUCUUACGAUGGUUCACGAAGUCUACGAAGAGGUACGAAGGUACACGAGAACGACGUUUACGAUGAAACGAAGAAACCUAAAGAAAGACAACCGCGGGAAUCAUUUUUUUAACGUUAAUAUUAAAUUUGGGUCGAGUUUUAAACGUAAACAUUCACAAUUUAGGGUAAAAUAUUGGAAAAUUCAAGACCCUAGCUAGCCCUUUUAGCUCUUCACGAUUCACGGCACGCAUAUUAAUCACGAUUCACGGAAUGUUAUUUCUUCGAAUCACGAAGCACGAAUAAUUGCCAAUCACGGGUCACGAAAAUACCCUUGCCCCCUCUCUACACUAUAUUUAAUUAAUAAAAAUUAUGAAAACUAAAUAAUUAAAUAAACUUCUAUCCAGUUUUUGGAGUGCAGUAUCUUAACUUAAGCAACAGUUUUUUGGAGUGCAGCAUCCAACAUAUGACAUACAUGCAGUAUAAAUAUACUCCAAAAAGAAUUAUUUUGUGAGCGCAAGACUGAUAUGAGUUGUUGAAAACAAACCGAAAAAUUACACAAUGAUGAUAAUGUAAAAAUGCAUUAAGACUAGUGUUGAAGUGUACAACAUUGUAUUUGGUCUCAAAAAAGACAAAAUAGAG